UUUAAUGCGAGGUUUCAUAAGCAAAACGAGGCGCUCCCAGGUGCACACUGUUUUCAAAAUGGCGCUUGAAAUCGAAUCGGCUGAUGUUGUGAGACUUAUCCAACAAUAUUUGAAGGAAAGUAAUCUUCAUCGGACCUUAACAACGUUGCAGGAAGAAACUGGUGUGACUUUAAACACAGUAGACAGCGUAGAGAGUUUCGUGUCAGAUAUCAGCAAUGGACACUGGGAUAUUGUUUUACAAGCAAUUCAGUCUCUUAAAUUGCCAGACAAAACACUCAUAGAUCUCUACGAACAAAUUGUUGUGGAGUUGAUUGAACUGAGAGAACUUGGUGCUGCACGAUCAUUACUUCGCCAGACAGACCCGAUGCUGAUGCUUAAACAACAUCAACCAGAUAGAUAUCUUAGACUAGAAAACCUUUUAGCAAGAUCUUACUUUGACCCACGUGAGGCCUAUCCUGAUGGUAGCAGUAAAGAAAAACGUAGACAUGCUAUCGCCCAAGCUCUGUCUGGAGAAGUGAGUGUUGUACCCCCGUCUCGACUUAUGGCUUUACUUGGCCAGGCGUUGAAGUGGCAACAAUACCAGGGGCUCUUACCUCCAGGAAUGGCAAUCGAUCUCUUCAGAGGAAAAGCAGCUGUGAAGGAGCAGGAGGAAGAGAAGUACCCAACGCAAAUUAGCAAAGUUAUUAAGUUUGGAACGAAAGCUCAUCCCGAGUGCGCCGCAUUCUCACCCGAUGGCCAGUAUCUUGUAACCGGGAGUGCGGACGGAUUCAUAGAAGUCUGGAAUUAUCAAACCGGAAAGAUCAGGAAAGAUCUGAAAUACCAGUCCGAGGACAAUUUCAUGUUAAUGGAAGAUGCUGUUUUGUGUAUGGCCUUCAGCCGGGACAGCGAGAUGUUGGCAACUGGGAGCCAGGACGGUAAAGUCAAGGUUUGGAAGAUUCAAUCCGGCCAGUGCUUACGACGAUUCGAAAAUGCCCAUUCCAAGGGCGUCACGUGUGUUCAUUUCUCAAAGGAUUCUGGGCAGCUUCUUACGUCAUCAUAUGAUACCAAAAUCAAAAUUCAUGGCUUAAAGUCUGGAAGAACGCUGAAGGAAUUCCGGGGACACACUUCUUUUGUGAAUAAUGUAAUCUAUACUCAGGAUGGACAUCAAAUCAUUAGCGCAAGUAGCGAUGGAACAGUAAAGAUAUGGAAUUUGAAAACAACAGAAUGUGUGCACACAUUCCAAGGAGGUAUUGGCUCUAAUGCUCGUGACGUAACAGUCAAUUCUGUCCAUUUGCUGCCAAGGAAUGUUGAUCAUUUUGUUCUAUGCAGUAAAUCUAGCACGAUUUUCAUCAUGACCAUGCAAGGACAGAUUGUUCGCAGUUUGACCUCCGGUAAGCGAGAGGGUGGCGAUUUCUAUUGCUGCAAUGUUUCACCGCGAGGAGAAUGGAUCUACUGCGUAGGAGAGGAUCACGUGCUGUAUUGUUUUAGCACAACCACAGGAAAAUUAGAGAGAACAUUAAAUGUCCAUGAAAAAGAUGUCCUGGGCAUUCAGCAUCAUCCGCAUCAGAACUUGGUUGCAACAUACAGCGAAGACGGAACACUCAAACUUUUGAAACCCUAGUUGUGCCGUCGCUUCUUGAAACCCGAACAUCGCUUACUGAAGUCAACGAGACUUUAUAGAAAAACAUUGUACCAUGUAAAUUGGAGUAAUGUCGUCGCUAGGAAGACCUCAUGCUCUCUUAAAGGGUAGGAGACUCAUACGGGGGGCUCCUUAUUCCCUUUUUCAAUCAUAUUCUUGCGGGUAAACUUUCUUGUAGAUAUAUUUCGUUGUUAAAUUCAUCUUUGCGA